AUGCCUGGUGCGGGACGGCCAAUCACCGUGGACGGGAGGAGCCGGAAGUCCCUGGCGUCAGCGUUGCGGCGAGCCCUGCAGCUCCACGGCCGGGCUACCCUUGCCGCGAAGCCGGACCAAGGCAGGGUGGCUCGAGUCGUGACGACUUGCCCCACUUCCAAUCACAUGAUGCGCGGGGGCCGACACACCCGUUUCGCCGACUGGCGGUUUAUGCACCGGGCCAGGCUCAACACCUUGCCACUGAACGGGUGUAGGAGGUGGGGCAAUGAGGACCGCCGAUGUAGACGGUGUGGAAGAUUCGAUGAGACGACUGCCCACGUGCUGUGUCAUUGCCUGCCAAUGAUGCCCGUCAUCACAAGAAGACACGACGCCAUCCUGGAACUACUGUCAUCAGAGAUCCGUGGGCACCCUCAGGAGAUGGAGACUCGUCUGGAUAAGAGGGUGCCGUUCCAGGAGCUGGUACCAGACGUGGAGGUCACGGAGGAGGUGGCCAGCUGCCGACCGGACAUCGUACGUGUAAAACAAGAUAGUACGUGUAAUCGACGUCACGGUGCCCUAUGA